AUGACCGGUUGCUAUCUGAAAAGCUGUUUAGCGGAGAUCCAGACAUGUUUGGCCUUCUCGCUCACCCUCUCGCUCAAGCGACAGGGUCGGCUUCACGUCGAAUAUGACUAUGAUCCAAAUGAAGCAUACACGGUCGCAUUAAUAUGUCCCCUAGAGGUUGAAGUAAGUGCGGCUCGAUACAUGCUUGACGAAGAGCAUGGAAUGCUUCUGGGAAACAGAAAAGAUCCGAACAUAUACAUACUUGGAUCCUUGAGUGGGCACAAUGUUGUGCUCGCAGCACUCCCAAAGGGGUCACAGGGAACGGCAUCCGCGGCGGCCGUGGCCAUCCACCUAAUUCGCACUUUCCCGGCAAUCAAGCUUCGUUUGCUGGUAGGCAUAGGUGGUGGCAUUCCUAGCCUUGCUAACGAUAUUCGUCUUGGGGAUGUGGUUGUUAGCGCUCCUGACGGACUUGUUGGAGGUGUAGUCGAAUAUGAUUUCGGUAAAGAAACCACAAACGGGUUCAAGAGGAAGGGUGUACUGUGUCCUCCGCCUGCUGAGUGGAGAAAGACUAUGGCAAACAUGACCUCAGACCACCAAGUCCGAGCAAAUCGGAUUGCAACGUUUCUGUCGGAUAUGCUGCGCAGAUAUCCCACAUUAACAGAGUAUCAAAGACCGCUGCCGGAGACCGAUAUUUUGUUCCCAGCGGACUAUAUCCACGCUCAGGAAGGGCAAAGCUGCGUCUCUUGUGACGCAACCAGGGCCGUGAGACGAACUCCGCGAACACUGCCUCACGAGUCACGCGUCUUCUAUGGCAUUAUAGCGUCAGGAAACCGUGUCAUCAAAGAUGGAACAAAGCGGGACAUCAUAGCAAGAGAAUCAGGUGGCGCGAUGUGUUGUGAGAUGGAGGCUGCCGGACUUAUGGACCAAUUCCAAUGCGUUGUCAUUCGUGGAAUUUCCGAUUAUUGUGACUCUCACAAAAAUGAUGACUGGCAUGCUUAUGCUGCCGGCGCAGCUGCAGCCUUAGCGAAGGAAGCCCUGAUAUACUCCACCGUGCGCAGAACAUACAUCAGAGUGGAAAGUCAACGUCCUCAAGCAGCUGUAUACCUGCAACUACCGAGACGCUAA